UGUUACGUCACGCAGCAAAGUUUCAACAGAACCAAGAUGGCGGAAGACAGCGGACCGAGGAGUCGGCAUUUCUCAGCAAAGAACCACAAGUGCCACAACUUUGAUGAAGAUAUGACCGGUGUGGAAGAUGUACGAUUGUGCCGGCCGGUUGAGGCGUUGAGCUCAUUGGAGGAGUUCAGCUCUGACACUUCUGGUGUGGCCCCAUGUGCUGUAGCAGAAGAGCUUGAGCCGGAGGAGGACCCGGUUCCACAGGGGGCUCGACCCAUUCAAAUUGUGAUCGCUAACGAGGACGAUCAUAAGUUUGAGUUGGAUGCUGUUGCUUUGGAGAAAAUCCUGAUGCAGGAACAUGUCAAGGAUCUCAACGUGGUUGUGGUGUCUGUGGCCGGUGCCUUCCGCAAGGGAAAGUCCUUCCUGCUGGAUUUCAUGCUACGUUACAUGCACAAUCAGUCAUCUGAGUCAUGGAUGGGAGGAGAUGAUGAGCCGUUGACUGGUUUCUCCUGGAGGGGAGGCUGUGAGAGAGAGACCACAGGAAUCCAGGCCUGGAGUGAGGUGUUUGUUGUGGAAAAGGAAGAUGGAACUAAGGUGGCUGUGCUGCUGGUGGACACUCAGGGAGCCUUUGACAGUCAGUCCACCAUCAAAGACUGUGCCACUGUUUUUGCUCUAAGCACCAUGACCAGCUCUGUGCAGGUUUAUAAUCUUUCUCAGAAUAUCCAAGAAGAUGAUUUGCAGCAUCUCCAGCUUUUCACUGAAUACGGUCGACUUGCAAUGGAGGAGAUCUAUGAGAAACCAUUUCAGAAACUAUUGUUUUUGAUCAGAGACUGGUGUUUCCCUUACGAGCAUAACUAUGGGCUCAAAGGAGGGUAUCACUUCCUGGAGAGGAGACUACAGGUGAAGCAGAAUCAACACGAAGAGCUGCAGAAUGUUAGGAAGCAUAUUCACAGCUGUUUCUCCAGCAUAGACUGCUUUCUGCUGCCACAUCCAGGUCUGAAGGUGGCCACCAACCCUCACUUUGAUGGCAGACUGAAAGACAUUGAUGAUGCGUUUAAGGAGGAGCUGCAGAAUCUAGUGCCUUUACUGCUGGCACCAGAAAACUUGGUAGAGAAAGAGAUCAGUGGAGCUAAAGUCACAUGCAGAGACCUGCUGGAGUACUUCAAGGCCUAUAUCAAAAUCUAUCAAGGGGAAGAGCUUCCACAUCCUAAAUCCAUGGUGCAGGCAACUGCUGAAGCGAACAACUUGACAGCUGUCGCUGCAGCGAAAGACACUUAUAACAGAGCCAUGGAGCAGGUCUGUGGAGGAGACAAACCAUACAUCGCCCCAGUUGACCACCAGCGCUAUCACGAAGAGUUUAAGAAAACCUCUGUUGAGAAGUUUUGCGCUGUGAAGAAAAUGGGCGGUGUGGAUUUCUGUCAGCGCUACCAGCAGCAGUUAGAGACGGAGCUGGAUGAAGCGUACACAAAUUUUGUGAAACACAAUGAAAGCAAGAACAUUUUCUAUGCAGCGAGAACUCCGGCCACUCUGUUUGCUGUCAUGUUUGCCACCUACAUGGUCUCCACUGUAACGGGCUUCAUUGGUUUAUCAGUAAUCGCGGCUCUGGCCAGUCUUGUGAUGGGCGUGGCUCUGCUCUCGUUGUGUGCCUGGGCGUAUGUCAGAUACUCAGGAGAGUAUCGGGAAGUGGGCGUGGCUAUAGACCUCAUAGCAGAGGCCCUGUGGGAACAGGUGAGUUGUGCUUCCACAUGUUGGCUGGGUCCAUCUAUGUUCUCUCCACUGCCCCACACAUUGCUGUUUCAGUUGCUUUCCGGUCUUCUUUUGUGUUCAUCUCAUCAUAAAUCAUUCUCUUUUAGUCUUGUCCUAACCCAUGUUACUAAAGGUGAAAUGGUAAUCUCUUUUCCCAUUUCCUGGAAACUUUUUUGUAAGCCCCCCCUGAGAUAAUGUGAGGCCCAUCAAGCUCCUCUUUUGCUUAGCUUACUCAUAGAGUUCAGGGAAGAGAGGUUCCUCCAAUCAAAUUUUUGUCAUAGGACCGUUGAAUUUUAGAGCCAGUCCUGAUUCUAAUGCCUGAUUUGCAUCCGGUGUUCUAAUGGGAUUGUCUAGAUAGUGCUUGAUUUAUAUGU